AUGACGACCACAACUGGUGGGGGGACAGGCUCCAGCCUAGCACGCGCGAUCAUCAUUGUCACAGGGGUUUCGGCUUUGGUCUCCUCACUCUUGUCCUUUGUGGUCCCGAUUUAUGCCGUAUCAUCAUGGACGAGUAUCGUGUCGCUCAAAGCGGCUCAAUUCUUGGAUCCCAUUCGCGACGUCUACGAGCCCUGGCAGGCGUUCACCAUCUACACCUUCUUCCAGCUCCUUAUCAACUUCCUUGGCGGCGAGCGCGCCGUGAUCAUCAUGGCUCACGGCCGUCCUCCUAUCUCGCAUGCCUGGCCGUUCAAUCAUCUUUUCCCAAAGAUUGACGUCUCCGACCCCCACACGUUCCUCGCCGUCAAACGCGGGAUCCUGCAGUAUGCUUGGCUGAAGCCCAUUCUGGCUAUUGCUACCGUGAUAAUGAAGGCAACGGACACAUAUCAAGAAGGUUAUAUUGGAUUGAACUCUGGAUAUCUCUGGACAGGUAUCAUAUACAACGUCAGCGUCACAGUCAGUCUCUACUCUCUCGCCAUGUUCUGGGUGUGCUUGCAUGACGAUCUCGUACCAUUCCGUCCAAUCCCCAAGUUUCUCUGCAUCAAACUCAUUAUCUUCGCCUCAUAUUGGCAAGGCUUUUUCUUGUCGAUCUUACAAUGGCUGGGCGCACUUGGCCACGUUGCUGGGUAUACCCCCGAUAACCUCGCGGCGGCCAUUCAGGACAGUCUCAUCUGCUUUGAGAUGCCAUUCUUUGCCAUGGCACAUUGGUAUGCAUUCUCGUGGCACGAUUAUGCAGACCCAACCAUCUCGGCUGCACGCUUGCCCGUGAAAUAUGCACUGCGCGAUGCGUUCGGUGGUCGGGAUCUAUUUGAAGACACCAAGCUUACACUUCGUGGAGAGAAUUACGAAUAUCGCCUCUUUGACUCGGGUGAUAAUAUCAUCCCGCACAUAGAAUCAGAGUCGCGGGUCAAGCGAGUUAUGCAUGGCAUGAGAUACGAGCGAGGCGGUAAGGCGAAAUACUGGAUCCCGAAACCGGGUGAAGUCAAUAGCCGCACGCCUUUAUUGGGUGGUGAAUCAAGUGAACGCGGUAGAAGCGAACGAGGGAGUCAAGCCUCCAGGGAGAGGUUCCGAUCUUACAGUGAGAUCGAUGAAACCGCCCUGGACGAUGAAGAUGAGCGGCUCUUUACCAAUGCUCGGGCGCUGGAGUUUGGAGAUUGGAAUUAUCCUGUAAUUACUGCCCACGUGGUACCAAGCGACCAGCGCAUACCGGCCACCAGGAGAGAUCAAGAUUCAAACCGAGGAGCAGACGUCAGAAAGGCCCGCAAGCACCGAAAAAGUCGUGCAUCAGAUGGCGGAAGUAAACGAAGUCCCAAGGCCAGCUCUAAUAAGUCUGGCCCAAGCUCAGCGGCACCUGUUCCCUUGCAGCGGAACGUCAGCUCUACCAGCUCUAGCGGCACUCGAGACGGCCAGUUAGUCGACCUCGUUGUGGAAAAUACAGAGGCUGAGGAAGAAGACCGAGCUCAAGCACAGAGAGAGCUCGGCUCUGCAUGGACGGAACCUGAAACCCGGCAUUUUGAAAGACCUUCCGGGGAGCCAAUCGAAGAAGAGGACGAGGCUGGCGAGACUAAUCAUGACGAAGAUCACCGCAAAUGGGCCUACGAGGGCUUGGAGCAAGACAAUGUAUGGGACAAGUAG